CAGAUGCUGCCAGACCUGCAGAGCUUCCAGCAACUUCUGUUUUCGUUCCUGAUUUACAGCAUCCGCAGUUCUUUCGGUUUUUAUUCGUUAUGCUGCUUGUCUUUGGGCCCCCUGUGCAUCUUAAUUUCCCUGCCCCACAGCACCAAAUAAACUCCUUGUGAAAACAUUCAUCAUAGGCUUGUUGCAGAAAUCCCUCCUUAAUCAGAAUUGCAUGUAUGUGCCAUUUCUCCGAGUAGGUAAUAACGUUAUGGACAGCAGUGAAAGAAGCACAUCAAUAAGCCUGAGUUUAAAGCUCUCUGCCAUGGACAGUGCUGCUGAGGGUUAUCAUUUUUACAUUGGGCUUGCUCUUGCCAUCAGUUCCAGCAUCUUCAUCGGAAACAGUUUCAUCUUGAAAAAGAAGGGGCUGCUACGCCUGGCCAGCAAGGGGGUGAUGAGAGCAGGUCAGGGUGGCCAUGCGUACCUUAAGGAGUGGUUGUGGUGGGCCGGGCUUCUCACAAUGGGUUUAGGAGAAGCUGCCAAUUUUGCUGCCUAUGCCUUUGCUCCAGCAACUCUGGUCACUCCGCUAGGAGCCCUCAGUGUCCUUGUGAGUGCUAUUUUAUCCUCUUAUUUUUUAAACGAGCGCCUUAACCUUCAUGGGAAGAUGGGCUGCAUCCUGAGUAUUUUGGGAUCGACAGUGAUGGUAAUCCAUGCUCCCCAAGAGGAGGAGGUUGGCACCUUGACUGAAAUGGUGGAAAAGCUCAAAGAUCCAGUGGCCCCCCGCUAUGGGCAGAAGAAUGUCCUGGUCUACAUCCUGAUCUGUUCGAUCAUCGGCUCCCUCUCCGUCUCGUGCGUCAAAGGCCUGGGGAUCGCCAUCAAGGAACUGUUUGUGGGUCGUCCUGUGCUGGUGCAGCCAGUCACCUGGAUCCUGUUGGGCUGCCUGGUAGUCUGUGUGAGCAUACAGAUUAACUACCUAAACAAAGCCCUGGACAUUUUUAACACCUCCAUUGUUACACCCAUCUACUAUGUCCUGUUCACCACUGCUGUCAUGACCUGUUCAGCCAUCCUGUUCAAGGAGUGGUAUCACAUGACCAUAGACAACAUUGUGGGCACUAUCAGUGGGUUUGUCAUCAUUGUCCUUGGGAUCUUCUUGCUCCAUGCCUUCAAAAACAUCAGCUUCACCCUCGGUACCUUACCCCCAUUCGUCAGGAAGAGUGAACCUGGCACCAUGUGGACCAACAUCAGGGAGCAACAGCAGUAUCCAGGUCUGCCUGAGCAUGAAACUGAAAUCCUCAUCUGCCCAAGUGAAGUUGGGGUCAUGCAUGAUUUCACCUGAGACCUUGUCUCAAAUGAAACAGGGCUGAAUGGACUGUCAGUGGAUACGAUAGGCUAUGGAGUGAGUUCAGAACAUGCAAGAUUCCUCUGCAGAAAUCCAAUUCCCCACUACUCACAGUUAAAGCCUGUGCAACUUCCCCUUUCUUCCAGCCAGCGUGUGCCGUUAACAUGAUUCGCUUCCCUUAAUUUGGGCAUAAACCCGUUGUAGCUUGAGUCGAUGCUGUAUGAACUAGAGUUUGACCAACACCACUUCAUGCAAUUGCAUCACCGUGCUUUACUAAUGACAGACCUUGAAGGAAUGUGUUGUUUCCUGGUACUAAUAAGCUGGGAGAUGUAAAUAUGGCGUUUCAAAUACACAAAAAGGUGGCGUAGUGGAAUCUCAGCUAAGCUUGUGCAAGACCCACUAUCAAAGUUCUGCAGGCUCUGCCCUACACAGUUGCAUGACUCGUACACCUCACCUCUGAAAUACUGUAUCACAGAUACAAAUUUAACAGGGCAAGAAACAUUUUAUUACUGUGUAUUGUAACAAAAGUACUGCAUCAGUCAGCAGGGCACAAAUGUCAGUCUGUUGUCUUUCACCAGCCAAAGACACUAUGUUUACAAUAUAUUCCACUAAAUCGGAAAGCAUGAGCAAACAGGACAGUUUGAGAAAUGUCACUGCUGUCAUGACUUUUUUUGCUACCAGUACAUUGACAGUUUAUAUUAUUUCCAUCACAAACACGAGCCAUCCCUAAUCAGCAGCCAUGGUGGUAUAUUCCACUAAAAGAUUGUCUAUCCCAACACAAACCAAACUCAGUACAGGGAUUUCAGCCCAAAGCUUAAAUGGAGCAAUGUGCUCUCCUCUGUAAGAAGCUAUUACAGAAGAUCUGCUACUGCGCAGUAGCAGGCCUGGAAGAGUUUGUUGGAACAAUGCAGAGGGAGCUUUACAUUGUCCCCAUCAGCAUUCCUUGACAGGGCCAGCAUGGGGUUAGAUACAGAAUAAAGCACCUCUAUGCUGUCAUUAUCAAACAAUCUUAGGACCUGUACAGCAAGGAGUUAGAUACAAGUGUAGGAAGAGCUAUACUUUCUAUUUAACCCCACUCUGUACCUAUAUGAGAGUGUUUGAUGGGUCACUAAAAAGGGAGGCUUACUCUAACUAAUCUGUACUGUACCUGCUCUGGGAGUGUCUGAUUCUGAUAUUGUAUUAUACUCAUAGAAUGUGUUGUACGCUCAUUGCUGACGUCUGCCUGACUGCAAUGAAUAGUUUUGAGAUAUCAGUCACAGGUUGUGUGUCCCUGGAGCUGAGGGCUAUGGGAGUGAUAUGACAUAAGCAGCUAUGAAACGGAGGGUGAUGAUGCUAUGCAAGUGGAUCUCGCUCAUGAGUUAUUCCAACAGUUUGAUAAAACUGAGAAUAACUCUGAAUAACUCACUAAGUACAAAUUCCAUUGGAAACAUCAAAAGAUGCUUUUACCCUCUAAUUACGUUAUCACUAAAUGAAGGCAUUGCAUGAAUCUGAUUACAAGCUCAAAUUAGCUCCCAUAGUCUUGUCACUUCGUUGAAAAUAGAAUAAACAGCUCACCUGUGGCUAGGUUCUGGGGUUGCUCCUGAUCGUUUCAGAUUCCCAGCAAUUGUAUUUAACUUGCUCUGGCUGUGACAAGUCUGCACUUACCUGCUUUAAUUUCAGUUCCAAUAAUGCCUGCUAAAUUUUAAUGAAAAUUGUUUGGGCAGCAGUUUCUCAACUCAAUUUAAUGGGACUCUGUUGUUAUUUCAGUAGAACACUGCCUGAGGGUGUCUCUAAAAUGUUCAGUUUGUUCAGCUUGAGAGCAGAACAUUUCAAUUGUUAUAUUCAGACCAUCUGGUUAUGGAAUGAGGAGCAUAGAAAGAGACCCUUACCCUAUCACAAGUAAAUCAGACACAGAACAUUGAACCCACGUCCAAUUCUGUCAUUGUGGGAAAACUACAGACAUGGAUUCCCCAUCCCAUUCUCUGACUGAAAAUCACAGGUUGUCACCAUGUGAAAAUCACAACAUAUAUCCUCUCUCCUAUUCAUCCAUUGUGAAAAUCACAGACAUGGAUUCCCCAAACUAGUCUCACUUUGAAAGUCACAGACACGUGCCCUCAUUUUGUUCUGUCACCAUGUGAAAAUCAGAUAAGAAUCCCCCAUCCUGUUCUCUCACUAUGAAAAUCAUUAAUCCCACUCCAAACAGACAAUUUAUCUUGCAUAUCAAGACUCAAUUUUUCAUGCUGAAGACAGCACUUAGAUCAUCCCCACUGUGUUUUACUGUAUUGAGUGCAUAUUUAUGUUAAAAACACCACCGUGCUUUAUUUCUGGAUGAUAAGACGAUCAUACAGGAGACUCAGUAUCAAGGACAUAGUUGCCUGAGUUAAGGUCCUUCCGAGAGCAGUCAGGGGCUAGCAGGUCCCAUGGAGCUGUGCCCCAGCAAUGCUGCCUGCCAAUUCCGCACUGUGCCUGACACACACCGUGCUGUAUGUUAUGGCAAGUCCUUUGUGCUGCUGUUCCAUAAUACACGCCUGCUCACUCAGUCACUCAGGCUCUCUGGUGACAUCCUGCUUUUUUGUGUCUGUUCCAGUCGAUUGAGGAUGAACUGGCUGGUGUCGAUAAAGCGUUCCACACAGUUCACAAAGCAGGUUUCAGUUCUGCUGUCGAGCCGUGGACCUGGUUUAUCCAUACACUUAUCCUGCCAAGGAAGAGGACAAUCAUCAACGGGACAAGAAUGAUGUGUUGGGACCUGAUCAAAUUUGUCAUGUCAAAGGAAUUGGAGGGAAAUGGAAAACAUUUCUGGCCAGUGGUGAUUACUUUCAAAUAGAGACAGAAUAAACUUGCUCAUUACAGUUUCAUUAAAUAUCUAUAAAGGAGGCAUUGCGGAA